GAAAACAAUUUUGAUUUUCUUUCAGAUAAUUGAAGAAACAAAAUUUGGAAUUUUUCUAAUCGACAAUUAAUCCUCAUUUAGUCAUUUUACUUUACUCUCUCUCUCUCUCUCUCCGCCGCGAGAUCCAAACGGAGCCCCCACAGGCUCUUUCUUUUUCUUGCACUUUCUAGCCAGGCAACCGGAAGAAUGGAGGCUCCGAGCUUCAACAGAACCAAUAACAGGUGGAAGAAGAAACACUCCAGCAAUGGAAGAUCAUCGUCUCUCCUCCCGAUCUCUCUCCUCUUCCUCCUCUUCUCUCUCCUCUUCUUCCUCUCCUACAAGCUCAUUUCCAAUUCUCUCCUUCCCUUCUCUACCAAUUCCCCACCAGCCGAACCCCGACGCCACUGCAAAACCCUAGCCGGCGAAAAGUUCCUCUGGUACGCGCCCCAUAGCGGGUUCAGCAACCAAUUGUCUGAGUUCAAGAAUGCCAUUUUGAUUGCCAGGAUACUGAAUCGAACCCUGAUUGUUCCUCCGGUUCUGGAUCACCAUGCUGUUGCUCUAGGAAGUUGCCCUAAAUUCCGGGUUUUGAGCCCCAGAGAGCUCCGAUUUUCUGUCUGGAACCACACGAUCGAACUGAUUCGGGACCGCAGAUAUCUAUCCAUGGUUGACAUAAUUGAUCCUUCGAAAGUUGUAUCUUCUCACGGUGUUCGAUUUAUAGAUUUCAGGGUUUUUGUGUCUUACUGGUGCGGGAUGAAUAUAGACUUGGUUUGCUUCAAAGACUCAAACAAAUUGUCAUCUUUGUUUGAUAUCCUUAGUCAAUGUGGGUCUGUGUUAUCUGGGUACAGUGGUAAUGAAGCUAAUUGUUUAUUUGCUCUAGAUGAAGAUUGCAGAACGACAGUUUGGACUUAUGGGAAAGAUGGUGAAGAUGGGGCUUUAGACUCAUUUCAACCAGAUGAGCAACUUAAGAAGAAAAAGAAAAUAUCAUAUGUCAGAAGACGUCAAGAUGUAUAUAAAUCCCUUGGACCUGGUUCCAGAGCUGAAUUGGCCACUGUUUUGGCAUUUGGAAGCCUUUUCACUUCUCCGUACAAAGGUUCUGAGCUGUACUUUGACAUCCAUGAAGCUCCAGGAGAUGAAAGAUUACAGUCUUUAAUUGAAAUGGUCAGAUUUCUCCCCUUUGUUCCAGAGAUCAUUAGUGCAGGGAAGGAGUUCGCUUCAGAUACAAUUGGGUCUGCUUUUCUCUGUGCUCAGCUUAGAUUGUUGGAUGGGCAGUUCAAGAACCACCAGAAGGCUACUUUUCUGGGGUUACAACAAAAGAUUGAAUUUCUAAAACAUGAUGGUUCUCUCCCCAUUCAUAUUUUUGUAAUGACUGAUCUCCCAGAAGACAAUUGGGCUGGUAGUUACUUGGAAGACUUGGCAAAAGAUUCAGAUACCUUUAAGCUGCAUAUUCUCAGGGAAAAAGAUGAGCUAGUGGCAAGAACUGCAAAGAAACUUGCAGCCUCUGGGCACGGGAUGAAAUUUUGGUCUCAUCCGCAGAGUCCUGUUGGUAUGAAGAAGCUUUGCCAGCCUCCAUUGUUUCCUGAUAUACUUCUGUAUAUUGAGGAAGCUGUUUGCAGUUGUGCUUCACUUGGUUUUGUGGGGACUGCCGGUUCAACAAUUGCAGAGAGUAUAGAGCUUAUGAGAAAACAUGGUGCAUGCUUGGAUUGAUUAUGAGAAAACAUGGUGCAUACUUGGACAGGAGCCCCGCUGAACUAUAACCAUCUUCUUUAGUACAAAGGAUUAAGGUUUGAAGACAGACUUCAUGUCAUCAUUUUAGAGAUUGAAUUUAACUGGUUGCAAGUAUACCUAAAUUGGUUGUUUCCAUGGCAUGAGGAUAGUUUUGAUCUUUCAUCCUUCCAUGGUGAAAGUGAAGCCUUUUGACGCAUAGAGCGACUAGAUGUUUAUCAACUGCUCUUAACUCAUGGUUCCUAACAACCCAGCUAUCAGACAAUAGAAAUUUUGGUGCAAUUGAGUCACUAAUUCUCUGAGGAUGAUUUAUUUGGUUGCUGUUGCAAUUUUAUGUGAUGAUUAUGUCUGGAUGAAUCUACAAGCAAGAAGUGUUAUUCAUUCAUUUCAAAGGUCCCUGCUAUAGAGCAUAAUGUAUUGUCAGCACGAGAUCUGCUAGAAAUUGGUCAAUUUUCCCAACACGGGAGGAGCCAGGGGUGGCUGCAGCGUCAAUGUGGUUGUUGAAAAGGGAAAGAAUUGGAGCUCUGGAUUGUUGACAUGUUCAUUCCUUGUAGGCUGGUUUGGCCUUUCGGUGAGGUGAGUUUGAUUAUGUAUAAGUGCUUGGUAAAUACUUGAGAUGAGUUAAAAUUGUAAAAUGACUAAAAGAAAUAAAGAAUGAUGAGUAAGUAGUAUAUUAUAUUUUUAGUUUUUUCACAAA